UAUUCUCUUUCCAUCCAAACAAAGCUUAAAAGUUGAAAUGGACGACAAAAGUUUAAUUUUUCCUUCUUCCUGUAAAUUCGUGUGCAAUCAUUUAGCAUUUUUCUGCUAUUAUAUAUAGUUUGUAAGAGCAUCUGUGCCACUCAUGCUGUCAUAACAUAUCAUGGCUGAGAAGCUGGUGUCUAGCUGGUACAAUCUUCAUUCUUCGGUGCCAUCAUCAUAUGUGCAACCACCAGAAAGAAGACCUGAUAAUGCUGUUUUCGCCUCUGGAAAGUUAGUUCCAGUUAUCGAUCUUGGAGGACAUCAUCGACCUGAUAUCAUAAGGAAUAUCUUAAAGUCCUCACAGGAUUAUGGCUUUUUCCAGGUUAUCAACCAUGGAGUUUCUAAGGAUGUAUUGGAUGCUACACUGAAUAUUUUCAAAGACUUCCAUGCCAUGCCUGAGGAUGUGAAGAUAAAGGAAAGCUCUAAGGAUCCAAAUGGAAGGUGCAAGCUCUACACAAGUAGUGGAAGAGCCACCAAAGAUGUUGUUAAGUAUUGGAAAGACUCAUUAUCACACCCAUGUCAACCUAUGGGAGAAUUCAUGGAGUAUUGGCCAGAUAAACCACUUGGUUAUCGUGAAGUUGUAGGGAAAUACACAGAAGAAGUAAGAAAAGUGGGAGUUAAAAUCUUGGAGCUGUUUAGUGAAGGAUUAGGACUUAACAGAGAAUAUUUGUGUGGAGGACUUAGUGAAGAUCCUGUAGUGUUGUCUCAUUACUACCCUCCUUGUCCUCAACCAAGUUUAACAUUAGGAACAUCCAUUCACAAAGACCCUAACCUUAUUACCAUUCUGCUUCAACAACUAGGGAUCACUGCACUUCAGGUCUUCAAAGAUGGAGAAUGGAUUGCUGUUGAUCCAAUUCCUAAUGCCUUUGUGGUAAACAUUGGGAUUGUGUUACAGAUCAUUAGCAAUGGAAGACUCGUUGCUGCUAAACACCGGGUUAUCACAAACUCAAGCAGUGGGAGACACAGCGUUGCCUACUUCGUUAACCCAACAAAAGAAUCCCUUGUAGAACCUGCUAAGCCUCUGUUAAGUCCAACUUCUCCUCCAGUGUUCAGAUCUAUGACAUUUGGAGAGAUGACUGCAAACUUUCUGACCAAAGGCUUUCAAUUUGAAGAAGAAUUGCGGACAGUAAAUUUCCAAAAUUAAUAUGGAAAAGUAAUGCAAGACUUUUAAAACGACUAUAUAAAGUUAUAUCUCACUUGAAAGAAUAAAGUUUAUGUUUGCAAUGUCCAAGCUUGUGAAUGUAGUGCACAUAUUACACUUCAAUGGCUUGUUUCCUACUUGUAUUUUCAAUCCUUCGUACUGUAAACAUUGAGGAACUUUCUGUAUUGAAGUCAAACUUUUCUGUUUCCUGUUAGUGUUCUGGCUAAUGACCUCGUAUAUUGCGAAUGUGAAAUUAACUGAGCAAGAGAUUGGUUUGACAUGUACGUACAAGUUGCUACUUAUUACUACUUAUUUUGUUGGCAUGUAAUUUGAGAGAUCCAUUUUGUGAAAUCAACAGAGUAAGUGUUUGGAUUGUGUGGAAUACAAAUUCUCUGACACUCAAGAACUCCGAAGUUUCUUAUUGUAAAUUUUCAUUUGUCAUCCCUUUUGCGUCACUAUUCCAUUAAUGUGAUAACCGAGGACACGUUAGAGAAUUAAGAAGAGGAUUUCUAUAGUUUUGCUAUAAUAAGUUUGGCCAUUUUGUUUUGUAACAAGCAAUGCAGAAACUGAAAUAAAACAGCAAUGGGAAAAUACAGAUACUCAUAAAAAUACCAAAUCUUAGAAAUAAAGAAUAGAGAAAUGCCACAUAUCUCCCUUCUCAGCAUUUCUGACAUUCCUCAAGUUCUCGAUUAAUAAGAUAUUAUUAAGAUGGAUUUAGUCUGUCUUAGGGAAAAAAUGACAUUUGCAACUUCUAUACUAAAAUCAAAAUGCUAGAAACAGGGGUCGCAACA